AUGGCGCCGGAUAAGCGCUUAAUCCGCCAGGAAUCGCGUGGACAUGGUGCUUCUCUGGCCUUGAGGAGGAGGAUCUGGUGGGAGUGGCUGCAGCUGCAGCAUCGCGUAUCUGGGGAAUUGGAUUCGGAGAUUUAG